AUGAUCAAGACAAGGUUGGAGUUCACUAGCACGAUUCAAGGAGUUUCAAGACAAAGUAGGACUUGGAAAAGCAUCCUUACACUUCAAGGAAGCUAUACAAAUCAUCAUUUUACUCUGAAACAUCCUCCAUUGCAAAGCACGAUUCCAACUGAACAGUUGUCCGCAUGCUACCUAGUUCCCUUUCAAUUUGUUUCAUCUAUAUGUACAUGGGAGUGCAAUGUGGCAGCAACUUUGCCUCCUCAAAUAGAAGUACCACGGCCUGAAUCUAUGAUUCUCGAGGCAGUUGCCAGCAAUAAGAAAGUGAAACUUGCUGAUCUCGGCCUAAAGGACAAGGCAGUUGCUUCAAGGAGUAGUAUUGAUAAGAUCUUUUUAUGGUCAAGUGAGAAAUUCUCUCAAAGGGAAAUGCAAUCAAGCUCAACAACUACUAUUGCCGGAUCCAAGUUUAACUCCAAUAAUAGGCAUCUGAAGGGUGUGAUUUCUAAGCAGCACACAAUUGAGAAGCCUCACAAAAUCUAUACCUGA